AUGGCUGACUCUGGUUCCCCUAACAACAGCUACAAUCGCUACUCGAUGCCAGUCACACGUUCCCGCACUGGUCUCUAUGGUGCCGACCUUGACCAGACUGGCACUGCCCGCUUCCUCUUUGGAGAGGAGGACACUUCAGGCGACAACAAGUACGGCCAGAACAACGGCGACGAUAACUUUCCAACUUUGGUUCGCCGAGACGAUCAGAUGCUCUCUGCAUCUUCCGCUGCCCUUGACCUUGCCCUCUCCCCCUCGCCCGCUCCUGGCGCGCCCUCUUCCAACGGUUGGGGCAAUAUUAACCGUCACCGCACCCAACAGAGCUUGUCUGCCAUCAACACGUCUGCCCUCAACGGAGCUGCUUCUCCCGGAGACAUCGGCAACCGAUCUUCUGUCCGCCACUCGCUCGACUUGAAGUUCUACCCCGACGCUCCCUCCGACAGCAACCAGAACCCCAUCGUCUCCCCCACCGGGAACCACAUGAUGGCCACUCCUCCCAAGCUGCAGAGCUCCUUCUCUGCCAAUGACGUACCCACUGUCAAGAACGCCAACGGCGGCUUGGUCACCAACAACCAUGCCCAGCAGCAUUUCCACAACCACAAUGCUAGCAUUGGUCGCAUUCCCGCCGGCGCUGUUGCAGGCCGUCACAGCCGUGAGCUGUCCAACGACAACAGCAUGGGCGGCCAACGCGAGCAGGCCGGACCUUACCCCUCUAUCCAGUCCGCUCUCCAGGCCAACGCCGCUCCCUUCGGCCCAGGGGCGUCUGGCCAGGUCUUCCCCCACACGUCCCAGGGAAACCAGGCCCCCAAUGGGACUGCUACUGCCGGCCCCAGCAAUGGAUACGGCGCCUUCUACCCCAGCGGCUACGUCUCGCCCAACAGCAACGGCCCGCCCACCUCUGGUCCCUACGGUCUUCCUCUCCUGGCCAUGAGCAUGCAGAACAUGAACCUCAACAACGGCAACACCAUGUACCCCCCUCAGAACUACGCCGGCUAUGGCUCGCUCUACACCCCCCCGCAGCAGCAGCAGCAGCAGCAGCCGCCGCCUCAGCCUCGUGACAGCCAGGCCCGGGUCAUCCAGCACCGCCGCCAGAUGGACAAUGAAGCCAUGUCCCGCUACAACGGCCUUGCCCUUGAGAACGUCGGUGGCCAAAUCUAUGAUCUCUGCAAGGACCAGCACGGCUGUCGCUAUCUGCAAAAGAAGCUCGAGGAGCGCAACCCGGAGCAGGUCCACAUGAUCUGGCUCGAGACCAACCAGCACGUCAUCGAGCUCAUGACGGACCCCUUUGGCAACUACUUGUGCCAGAAGCUUUUGGAGUUCUGCAACGACGAUGAGCGCACUGUCCUCAUCCAGAACGCUGCCGCCGACAUGGUUCGCAUCGCCCUCAACCAGCACGGCACCCGCGCGCUCCAGAAGAUGAUUGAGUUCGUCACCACCCCUACUCAGAUCGAGAUGAUCAUCAACGCCCUUCGCUUCCAGGUCGUCGAGCUCAUCCAGGACCUCAACGGCAACCACGUCAUCCAGAAGUGUCUCAACAAGCUCAGCGCCCAGGACGCGCAGUUCAUCUUCGACGCCGUCGGCACCCACUGCGUCGACGUUGGCACCCACCGCCACGGCUGCUGCGUCCUCCAGCGCUGCAUCGACCACGCCUCGGGCGACCAGAAGACCUGGCUGAUUGCCAAGAUCACCGAGCACGCCCCGAUCCUUGUCCAGGACCCCUUCGGCAACUACGUUGUGCAGUACAUCAUCGACCUCAACGAGCCUUCCUUCACGGAACCCAUUGUCCGCAUGUUCCAGAACCGCAUCGGCCAGCUUUCCCGCCACAAGUUCAGCUCCAACGUCAUUGAGAAGUGCUUGCGCUGCUCCCAGGAGCCCUCCCGCGACAUGAUUGUCGAGGAGCUCCUGACCCCCGGCGAGAUCGAGAGACUCCUCCGCGACUCGUACGCCAACUACGUCAUACAGACCGCCCUCGAGUACGCGACCCCCCACGGCAAGUUCCGCCUGGUCGACGCCAUCCGCCCCAUCUUGCCGUCCAUCCGCUCGACCCCCUACGGCCGACGCAUCCAGGCCAAGAUCCAGGCGUUCGAGGGUCGUGGUAGCGCCACUUCCAGCGGCCAGGUCACUCCCGCGGACCCCAGCCAGGGCCAGAUCCCCCUGCGCUCCGGUCACAACCGCGCCAUGUCCAACAAUACCUCCGUCAUCUCCCCCGGCGGUGCUUUCGGCAACGGCCUCAACGGCGCCAUGGCCUCCCGCGGUAACCAGGCCAGCUACCCCGCGGCCAACAACGUCACGGUCCCUCCCCCCGGCCCCCAGGGCCAGCGGAUGCCGCAGUUCGGCUUCAACGCCCAGCAGCGCACCAACGGCGGCGCAGCCGCCGACACGGGCGCCGGCGGUGAGACCCAAUGGCUGUAA